AUGCCUAAGGAAUUAGAACCUUCAACAUGCGAAAAGACCUUCGUCCUCGAAGCCCUCAAAGAGAAUCUCCGUAUCGAUGGCCGGAACUUUGAGUCUUUCCGAGAGCUCGAAAUUUCAUUCGGUGAAGAUUAUGGCCUUGCCGAUGUCCAGUUGGGGAAAACAAGGGUCCUCGCUCGUGUCUCUGCCGAGGUUUCAAAGCCGUUCUCUGACCGUCCCUUUGAUGGUGUUUUCCAAAUUACAACUGAACUAGGGCCUAUGGCCUCUCCCGCAUUUGAAACCGGCCGACAGACGGAACAAGAGGUCCUCCUCGCACGUCUUAUCGAGAAAGCCAUCCGCCGCUCGAAUGCCAUCGAUACCGAAUCUCUUUGUAUAGUUGCCGGUCAAAAGUGCUGGGCAUUGUAG